AUGGGGCCACAAACAUUACAGAUGAGGAAACCGACUAUACAUCACACAAAUGAGGAAACCGACUAUACAUCACACAAGUCUGAAAGACCAAAUGAUGUCACACUAACACAUGGGGCCACAAAAAUUACAGAUGAGGAAACCAACUACACACCACAGAAGUCUGAAAGACCAAAAGAUGUCACACUAACACAUGGGGCCACAAACAUUACAGAUGAGGAAACUGACUACGCACCACAGAAGUCUGAAGGACCAAAAUAUGUCACACUAACACAUGGGGCCACAAACAUUACAGAUGAGGAAACCGACUACACAUCACAGAAGUCUGAAAGACCAAAAGAUGUCACACGAACACAUGGGGCCACAAACAUUACAGAUGAGGAAACCGACUACACAUCACAGAAGUCUGAAAGACCAAAAGAUGUCACACGAACACAUGGGGCCACAAACAUUACAAAUGAGGAAACCGACUACACAUCACAGAAGUCUGAAAGACCAAAAGAUGUCACAGUAACACAUGGGGCCACAAACAUUACAGAUGAGGAAACUGACUACACAUCACAGAAGUCUGAAAGACCAAAAGAUGUCACACUAACACAUGAGGCCACAAACAUUACAAAUGAGGAAACCGACUACACAUCACAGAAGUCUGAAAGACCAAAAGAUGUCACACUAACACAUGGGGCCACAAACAUUACAGAUGAGGAAACCGACUACGCACCACAGAAGUCUGAAGGACCAAAAUAUGUCACACUAACACAUGGGGCCACCAACAUUAGAGAUGAGGAAACCGACUACACAUCACAGAAGUCUGAAAGACCAAAAGAUGCCACACUAACACAUGGGGCCACAAACAUUACAGAUGAGGAAACCGACUACACAUCACAGAAGUCUGAAAGACCAAAAGAUGUCACACUAACACAUGGGGCCACAAACAUUACAGAUGAGGAAACUGACUACACAUCACAGAAGUCUGAAAGACCAAAAGAUAAGUCUGAAAGACCAAAAGAUGUCACACGAACACAUGGGGCCACAAACAUUACAAAUGAGGAAACCGACUACACAUCACAGAAGUCUGAAAGACCAAAAGAUGUCACACGAACACAUGGGGCCACAAACAUUACAGAUGAGGAAACCGACUACACAUCACAGAAGUCUGAAAGACCAAAAGAUGUCACACUAACACAUGGGGCCACAAACAUUACAGAUGAGGAAACCGACUACACAUCACAGAAGUCUGAAAGACCAAAAGAUGUCACACUAACACAUGGGGCCACAAACAUUACAGAUGAGGAAACUGACUACACAUCACAGAAGUCUGAAAGACCAAAAGAUGUCACACUAACACAUGAGGCCACAAAUAUUACAAAUGAGGAAACCGACUACACAUCACAGAAGUCUGAAAGACCAAAAGAUGUUACACUAACACAUGGGGCCACAAACAUUACAGAUGAGGAAACCGACUACACAUCACAGAAGUCUGAAAGACCAAAAGAUGUCACACUAACACAUGGGGCCACAAACAUUACAGAUGAGGAAACUGACUACACAUCACAGAAGUCUGAAAGACCAAAAGAUGUCACACUAACACAUGGGGCCACAAACAUUACAGAUGAUGAAACCGACUACACACCACAGAAGUCUGAAAGACCAAAAGAUGUCACACUAACACAUGGGGCCACAAACAUUACAGUCGAGAAAACCGACUACACAUCACAGAAGUCUGAAAGACCAAAAGAUGUCACACUAACACAUGGGGCCACAAACAUUACAGAUGAGAAAACUGACUACGCACCACAGAAGCCUGAAGGACCAAAAUAUGUCACACUAACACAUGGGGCCACCAACAUUAGAGAUGAGGAAACCGACUACACAUCACAGAAGUCUGAAAGACCAAAAGAUGUCACACUAACACAUGGGGCAACAAACAUUACAGAUGAGGAAACUGACUACGCACCACAGAAGUCUGAAGGACCAAAAUAUGUCACACUAACACAUGGGGCCACCAACAUUAGAGAUGAGGAAACCGACUACACAUCACAGAAGUCUGAAAGACCAAAAGAUGUCACACUAACACAUGGGGCCACAAACAUUACAGAUGAUGAAACCGACUACACACCACAGAAGUCUGAAAGACCAAAAGAUGUCACACUAACACAUGGGGCCACAAACAUUACAGUCGAGAAAACCGACUACACAUCACAGAAGUCUGAAAGACCAAAAGAUGUCACACUAACACAUGGGGCCACAAACAUUACAGACGAGGAAACUGACUACGCACCACAGAAGUCUGAAGGACCAAAAUAUGUCAUACUAACACAUGGGGCCACCAACAUUAGAGAUGAGGAAACCGACUACACAUCACAGAAGUCUGAAAGACCAAAAGAUGUCACACUAACACGUGGGGCCACUAACAUUACAGAUGAGGAAACCGACUACACUUCAUGGAAGUCUGAAAGACCAAAAGGUGUGACACUCACACAUGGGGCUACAAACAUUACAGAUGAGGAAACUGACUACACACCACAGAAGUCUGGAAGACCAAAAGAUGUCACACUAACACAUGGGGCCACAAACAUUACAGAUGAGGAAACCGACUACACAUCACAGAAGUCUGAAAGACCAAGAGAUGUCACACGAACACAUGAGGCCACAAACAUUACAAAUGAGGAAACCGACUACACAUCACAGAAGUCUGAAAGACCAAAAGAUGUUACACUAACACAUGGGGCCAUAAACAUUACAGAUGAGGAAACCGACUACGCAUCACAGAAGUCUGAAUGA